AUGGUCCCGCAAUCUUACAAGAACGUGUUGGCGGGGAUUUCACAGAACAACUCGACCAAGGCUAAUCAAUGGACUUUUGUUGGGGAACAAGAUCUGGUGGCUGGUUCUUUUGGAGGCGAACCUGAACUCAAAAUCUCAGAGAAGUUCAAAGAACGGCUUUGUGAUCCUUGGAAGAGAACCCUGGUGGUUCGGAUUCUUGGCAGGUCAGUCUCUUAUGCUUAUCUCUGCUCAUAG